GAGAGAGAGAGAGAAAGUGAGUGAGUGAGUGAGACAACAAGAAUCGAUUACUAGAUACUAGAAGGUCUUCUAAGGAAAACACAGAGAGCUAACUCAGAGGGCUCAGAGUACCAUUACUGGCAAACACUCAGGCGACGAGGUGCUGGCAGUCUGCUCCUCCUCUUAAACUCCAGGAUGAUCGGGUGAUGAAUCACAGGUGCUUCAGUCAGCCCCUCCAGGUGUACAGCCUCUAACGCCAUCUGGUGGAUAAAGGAUGAAGCAGCAGGCGAACAGAGAAAACCCCCACAAAGAAAACCAAAAACCCGGUUCCCAACGCCACGAUUUACCAAAAUAAUAGCUAAAACAAUGUUGCUUUAAUUACGCUAUGACAUGUUUGUUUUUGACUGCUUUCUUUAUUGACCCUUUCACAAUUACGUCAUUUAAUCAUUCCAGGCGCCAUGAUGGAUGUGAGUAUUGAACUGAGCGAAUGAAGUUGUUUUCGCCAGUUUACUCAUGGCUUUUACGUGUUUUAAUUAGUCUGUGAACGUAACCUGGUUCGCCAUAAUGCAAUAUUUGGUAUCUUUCUAAUCACACUUACUUAUAAAGUAUAUGAACGUUAAUCUUCUUACUUUGUAAAAAGUGUUCGCUGCAAAUCCGCGGUUACACCGAGGGCUGGCGGUCAUGAUUGACGGCUGCUAUCCAUCCCAAAAGCUAUACAACAAAAUAACAAGUUAGGUUUUCAGCCCUGUCUGUAUGUGCAUUAAACCGCACCGCCAUUUUUACUGCGAAAUCAACUAAAUAGUCGCAAUAUUAGGCUACCUACCUUAUGUGCGUUUCUGGACAGAAUUUACGGGAGCUCACAGGUUGUUUUGACAGCCGCCAUGGCGGAGAGAGUGACGUCACGUGCAAAAGGUCAAUUCUAGUUUUUUUUAUUUUAUUUAUUUAUUUACAAAAAUUGCUCACUUCACGAUCUCUGGAAACGGUUAUAUCAACGGCAGACUUAAUUCGACUCGACCGUUAUACAUUUCGAAUGCUGCGUUUGUCCCUGAAUGCAAAUUGUGUUAGCGUUUAAAAAUAAGACGGUUAAACCACAAGUUAUGAAAGACAACCACAGUUGAACAGGUAACCGCAAAUUAAUUCAGCAAGUUACAAAAACUUUUCUAGCAGUGUGUCCUUUGUUGACUCGUGAAGAGAGUGAUUUUUCUCUUGCCUUCUUUCUUUCUUUCUUUUUUUUUUUAAGGCAGACCAAGUACACGCCAUGGCUCCGCUCCCCAGGAGGUAAAAGAAACACUGCGAUCCUUCCCACGUUGGGUGGAUUGAGAGCUGAAGCCUGCCCCACCUCCUCACCUCGCGGCUAACGCUUACACUUGGAAGAGAGAAAGUCUUUGAAAGCGGAGCAGAGGGAACGUGGACCCACUCCGUCGACCAGAACUACGGGCUUCAUGGAGGGAAGAUGAUACACCAGGUGAUUGACAGUUGUGUGUGUGAGAAUGAUUGUACCAAGAUGGAGGCCGUUUCCACGCAGAACCGUUGACUCCCAACACUACCCUUACCUCGGGCUGAAUGAGCGAAGCUUAGGAUGGAAGACCCGUCAACUGCUGCUCUAAGAAACUGUAGCAACACUCUCAGACUCCUUUACCUCGCCGCCUCUAAACACACCCCCUCUCCCACCAGACUGGCUGGCCAACCUCCAGGAUGUUCGUGAACUUGAGGCGCAUCCGAAAAUGCCAGUUGGUGCAGCUGAUGACAAGCUGCCUGCUGCUGUCGGUGGUAAUGAUCUGCUGGGAGCAGCUGGACUCAGCCGUCGUCAGCCACGUCAAGUCCUACUCCUUCCGCUACCUCAUCAACAGCUUCUACUACGUUAAUAGGAGCCUCACCAUUCCUCGCGAGCAGGCCAGAAGCUUCAGUGACUUCCCCUACGUGCUGGACCACCCCGACAAGUGCGCAGACAAGGACGUCCUCCUCCUCGUCUUCGUAAAAUCCUUCCCGGAGAACUUCGAGCGUCGAAACGCCAUCCGAACCACCUGGGGCGACGAGGGGUACAUCCAAAAUACCCUGGGCGUGACGGUCAAGGUCCUGUUCGCCUUGGGAACCGUUAGGAGGAAAAAGACCGAGCCUUUGUGGAGCAAUAAGAGCGACAGCGGCUUCCGGAGGAAGAUUGUCCACGAGGACGCCGUCUACGGCGACUUGAUCCAGAAGAACUUCAAGGACUCCUUCCACAACCUGACCCUCAAACUCAUCAUGCAGUACCACUGGAUGCACAGCCGCUGCGCCCACGCCCGCUUCUUCAUGACCACGGACGACGACGUCUUUGUCCACAUGCCCAACCUGGUGAGGUACCUGCAGGAGCUGAGCAGCAAGGGGGUCACCGACUUCUGGACGGGGAGAGUGCACAUCGGAGCACCACCCAUCCGCAGAAAAGACAGCAAGUACUACGUUCCCUACGAGAUGUACCAAUGGUCGGCUUACCCCGACUACACGGCCGGGGCCGGCUACGUCGUCUCCGGCGACGUGGCCCAUAAAAUCUACCACGCCACGCUGACCCUGAACGCCUCCCUCUACAUAGACGACGUGUUCAUGGGCAUCUGCGCCAACGCCGUCAACGUGUCGCCACAGCAGCACGUUUAUUUUGCGGGAGAGGGCAAGGCACCGUACCACCCGUGUAUCUACAGCCAGAUGAUGACCUCUCACGGCCACGUGAAGGACAUUUAUGAGCUGUGGCGGGAGGCGACGCACCCAAAGGUCCAGCAGAGCACCUCAGGACUGUUCGGGAAGCUGUACUGCACUGUAGUGAGAAUGUAUCUCCUCUGUAAACCCCGGUUUGUCGACACCUAUCCUUGCAAAGCAGCAUUUUUAUAGUACAAAGAGGAGGCGAGAGCCCACUAUAACACCGAUGGGUUCAUUUCUAGAAGUAUUACCUCAGGCCUUUCCCUAGGACCUCUGCCCACACAGUGGUUUACUGCCGCAGAAGAAGCCAGAAAAAAUAGGUUGUGUUAUCGCUGCUGGAGUGAGACCUCCAUCUUGUCUAUGAAUUUUUGUCGUGGUCAUUUUUAAAGUGCAGGCGUUGUGGGAAGACCACAGAAUGUGAAAUUAAAGUUCUGUAAAGAUG